GACCAGCCACUGCUGCUGAUCCGUCCUGCCCUUUCUUGAGUGAGGUGUCCAGUCCGUCUCGUUCGUCUCCUCGUUUGCACCCCGCCUGCUCGUCCGCCGUCCUCUCGCUUGAUUUCACUGUGGCGUCUCCUUCCAGGCCGUGCUUAGUGUCCUUUAUAGCAGCUGUGUUAAUUGGAGAGGGGAGGUCCUUUCAUUGUGUAAUGCGGUUGGCCAGGGCUCUCUGUAAUUGAUUAGUCCCUCCGGGUGCAUGUAGUUUACUGAAAGAUGGGUUAAUACGUAAAAAUGUAAUAAAAAAAAACAUGCUAAAAUGCAAAACCAAACCAUGCUAAAAUAUAACAAACCAAUAAUUUACAGAAACCACAAUGUCCCCCUGGUGACACACUCUGCCUCUCGAACUGUAAUGAAAUGAAUAAAUGGCCUCACACAGGACUUGUGUGUGUGUGUGUGUGUGUUGUGCGCCGGUCUCUGUUAUUCCCUAGUUGGGUGGAGUUGGAGAUAAUCAGCAGAUUGAGAGACAUUUUAGUCUUGGAAUAUCAUUCAGUUUAAAAUCACCCUCUCGUUUUGUGUUUGAAAUACCACUAAAUCCCCUUUGUAUUGUUCCACACGGUAACAAGACAGUUUAACGGCACACAGGUAUUGCCUAUUCAUGACAUCCAUGCGUCUUGCUGUGAAUUCAACUGACUGUGGCUUCAAUAACAUCUUGUCAUGAACGCAUGCAUGUUACAACAUGCAAUGACACAAUUAGAAAGCGACACGGUGAGAACAGAAGUGCGUUUUGCAGCGAUCGGCUUGGCGAGGUGCCACCAGGGGAAAAAACGGACUCACCCUUUGAGCUGACUCCCCACAGGAGGAAUUCCUGUGAGGAUUUUGACAGGCUGCCAGGGCAGCCGGUGGGACACACCUUUCCCUCUCACUUCUCUACGUGUCAGAGCAAGCAUGACAAAUCAAUCACAGAGACUUCAGAAAGACACAGAGGGAGAGAGAGAGAGAGAGAGAGAGAGAGAGAGAGAGAGAGAGAGAGAGAGGUUUUGGGGGGAACACGGGCAGAGACGGGUUUAAAAGAAAAAGGAAGACCACUCAUUUCGCUGCUCUUGGUGUCUUCUGUCUCCUGUCGGGAUUUACAGUUGAUGACUUGAGGAAUUAAGAAGCACUGUUACAACCUGUUACCGCCACUCUCCCACGUUUUCUUCAGAAAUACGCAGCUCUGUCUUGUCAAACGGAGGCUCGUGCCAAAUAAAACAUGGUGUAGGAAGUAACAAACAUGUACUCGACUGUCUUCCCGACCAAUUCCACCAAUUCAACAAGCGAGAGCGUCGUGAACCGCGGAAGCGGCACUUUGGGCGCCCUCAUCCUGAGCCUCGCCUUCCUCCUGGGCUUCCCGGGCAACAUCUUCAUCAUCUGGAGCGUCCUGGCGCGCGCCCGGAGGCGUUCCGUCACCACCCUCCUCAUCCUCCACCUGGCCAUCGCCGACGGCUCCCUGAUGGCCAUCACGCCGUUCUUCAUCGUCUACCUGGUUCUGAGGAACUGGUUGUUUGGGAACGUGAUGUGCAAGCUCCUCUUCUACCUCUGUCUUCUCAACAUGUACGCCUCCAUCCAGCUCAUCAUGCUGAUGAGCAUCUACCGGCUGGUGGCGGUGGUGUGGCCGCAGCGCGUCAGCAUCAUCACCAGCCGCAAGACCGUGCUGCGGGUGCUGGCGGUGCUGUGGGUGCUGAUGAUGGUCGCCUCGAUCCCCGUUAUGAUGUUCAGAAUCGUGAAGAUGGAGGGGACCGCAGAGGUGUGCGAACUCGACCACGACAUGACCAACAACCUGAUCCUCCAGUACGUGCUGGAGCUCGUGUUGGGUUUUUUAAUUCCAUACGGGGUGAUCAUAGCCAGCUACAUCUGCAUCUUACGGAAGAUCCGACAGACCAAGUUCCGCCGCCGCAUUCGUAGCGAGAAGCUCAUCCUGGCGAUCGUGUUGACCUUCUGCCUCUUUUGGUUGCCCUACCACGUCAUCAACAUGGUGCAAGUCACAUGGGCUCUCUGCCCAAAGGGUGCGGUGAAAGACGUGCUGAAUUCAAUAUGGCACAAGAGUCGAGCCGUCACCUCCUCCAUGGCCUUCAUCAGCAGCUGUGCCAAUCCGGUGCUCUACUUUUUCGCCGGAAAGUCGUACAUCCGGCGAGAAGGGCUGGCGUUCAUGGCCCGCUUGUUCGAGGGCGCUGGGAUGGACUCGGCCACGAGGAAGAGCCGGCAGAACAGCCAGAACAGCCGCGACAAAGACGCGGACGCCGUUGUGCUAAAGGAGAAAGAUGGAGACUCUGCCACCAACUCAAACUCUAAUUCCAAACCAGUGAACAAUGGCAAGUAGAGGGCACGAGGUUCUGCAGGCUCGGAGCUAAUGUUGUUCCACCAGGAGGUGAAACGAUGCCACUGAGGUCUUCAGAUUGGACUCCGGUUACAUCUUGUUCAACGUGCACAGCGGUUUCCUGCCAAUCAAGACAACAUAGGCGGGAGGUCACCGGACGUACUGAUCCUGGACCAGCUGGCAGCCUGAGGCACCCUGAGAUGGCUUCAGACACGACUGUUUAUAUGAUGAGAUUUGAGCCUCGCUUCGCUCUGGACUAUUUUUUACUGCGGACAUGAGGAGUAUUAUUCAGGAACCAGGUAGUUCCUUAUGAAUAUUUUUUACCAACAUCUUUUUAUGCCAUUUUGUCAAUGCAAUGUAUUAUUUGAAAAUUGAAAAGGGGAAAAUGCGAAACCUCUGGGACAAUCUCAAAUUGAGAGCUUGGGUUUGGUGGAAGCGCUUGACUUUUGCACUGAUAUGUUUGCUUUGCUUACCUCUGUUGCUCUGUUGUAAAGCUGCAUGAAUCACAUGCAUGUCUUGUCAGACAUGGAAAGUGGAUCAAGCUGUAAAAAAGGACACACCAUGGCCUCAUAAAGUGGACAUGGCGAACGUGUUGGUGACAAACUGCCUUCAUUUGUCACAUUUCUGGCCAGCUGAUGAGUGCAUGUCCUGGGACAAUGAGAGUGUAAGGGAAUCAGAACUAUGAGCUGAAGGAACACAAAUGUAGAGCUGAUGGGAAGUGCACAGCUGGGUGACUCCUUUGCACGAUACAUUUCAUUUUUUGUUGAUGUUGCAAAAGAUAAGAGAUAGGAUUCAACACCCGUGUAUCAACAACAGGAACGUGCACAGACAUUCUGGGGAGCAGGUGCUCAAACCAAACCAAAACAAAAAUUUAAAAAUAAUUAUAAUUCUACAAAAAACACAGGAUAUUUUCAACUUACAUAUUUAUUUUGUUAACAAAUUAACUCAAAUUGAAUAAAAAAAUGAAUAACAGGCAAAAAAAGACAAAGCAAAGCCAUAUUGUACUUAAGCAAUAAGGUACGAGAGGCUGUACACUCUAAAAAAUGUCACUGUAAAUUAACGGUAUUUUACUGGCAAUAAGGACGCCAGGAAUUUACCGUUAUUUUAUGGUAUAAUACCGUAAAUGUUUUUUACGCUAUGUUAACAUAAAAUGGAUUACUGUAUGUUACCGUAAACUUGAACGAACUUUACUGUGAAUUAACUGCAAUUUACUGGCAGUCGACACUAGUAACUUACUGUUUUAUUUACAGUGCCCUACUGUAAUUUACGGUAUGUUGUCGUAUAUUGCAUUACAAAUUAACCACAAUCCGUUGUGUAUCGCAUUUCAGUAGCCUAGUGAAAAUAGUCCCCGUACGUUUGGCUGUUGCUCUGCAACAGAGAAACUUCACGUUUGUUAGCCUAUAAAGUUUGUUGAUGAUCAGCGAGGAGAUAGACAUUCAUUUGUGCGUCGUCUGAAAACAUCCCAGGUCUCCUUGCAAGAUGUCGCACCAUCUCAUUCAUUCACGUGACGUCCACCUGAAUUGUCCUCUUUACCUAAAACGAGUCCUAAAGCGGUUGCAAAAGUUCGCAUUCCCUGACAUUGAUCAUUUGCGUCGUUUCUGGUCUUUUUUCGGCGAUCGAGCUAAAAACUGAAAUGAAAAACGGUCGCGCUGCUGCACGUCCCUGAGCUUCUUUAAAUUUUGUAAAUGAAAUAAAUAAAUGUUGUGCAUAAUAAUAAAGAGUGAGAUAAUCUAUACGAAGCUGA